AUGCGUAUUGGUAGGGGCCAACCGCUGGAGGCUGAGUUGGCCUACUCCACGCCGACGAGGUGCUCGGCAGAUUCUCGUCUUGCCAUGCCCUACAAGUCAUUUGAAAUACUUUGGCUUACCGGAGGAUUGGUGGUAGCGUUGGCCAACGAGUCAGUCUUCGCUCAGGCCGCUUUCGAGGGUACAAGUCCUUCCCGCCAUCUUCCGAGUCGGACCUCAGCCUGCGGACGAGUUGAAGAAAAUAUGGUAAAGGUAUGGGACACAUACUUCAUCCUCUUGCCUCUGCCCAAAUCGGCAGGCUCGGAGCUGGACAAGUCUUCCGUGUCCUCCGCUCUCCUCAAGAGACGCCUGGUCCUCUCCAAAGUCAGAUUAUCCUUUAGGACUCUGACUGAGUAGAUGUUCGUCUUCUCAGACGGCUCGAGAUUCCUCGUUACCAACCACUCUCUGUGGUUGCGGUUUUUAGGUCAACGUACGCGACCUUCACUGACAAACCACGCUUUGGCCACAUCGUCGACUGAGUUUUCGUCAAUGAACUCAACAUUUGCGUACAUCUGGUUCAGUCGUAUAGUUCAGGAACAACAGAUUUAAGGUAAAUGCACAGUCAAAAGUUAGUGUACAUUGUACGUAUGUAAAAGUGGAAAAAAGAAUAACUGGCCAUCAACGUUAAACGAAACAUAUUUACAAACAAUGUCAGAAAGGGUAGCGAUGGAGGGUCUACUUGAUAAAACAGUUGCUUGGAAAAUAUCUUACGUUGAAGAGGAAAGAGAAUUUGUAAAAAUAGUCUAUAGAGUCAACAAAGGGUGGUAGGUGAUUUCGUUUGCCCACACGGAUGUUAGUACACACGGCCGACGUCGUAUAAGCACCACAUUGUCGAGAGACUCUGUGGACAGGACACACCCCUUGUGAACAAUAGCAGGGGAGCCGUGGGGUAAGUGAACUUGGCAUGCGACUCCAUCAUCGUCGUCCAACAUCAUUGGACCUGUUGGUAACUCAGGUAGGCGUCUCUCAGGAAGCCUCUUAUACACCGGUGAGACAAGAUUUGUUGGCCCACUUAUGCAUUUACGAACCGUUUGUAAAAAGGACUCAAAGGGAAACGCAGAAAGAGUACCCGAAACACCAAAACUUUUAACGUCCUCCUGAAGAUGCACAGGACAAUGAACAUCGUAAACUAAGUCAGUCAGAUUGUAGAAAUUAACAAAAUCGAAAACAAAAUAUUCAACAGGCGUUGAGCGAAAUCACCACAUGUAAGAUGCCACGUAGGAUGGCAAAUGGAAACGGCGACGAAGAACCACAAAAAAUGCUGAUAACGACCCUCGUGAAGGACUGAGGACAACACUACUGGCUCACUUAAAAGCAAAAAUUGCCGAUAUGCAGCAGCUUUCCAAUACUCCAACCAAUCAAGCGGUCUACAUUUGUGGGAAAAUUCCGCAGGCAGAUGACGACUUCAUUUUCUUAUCGCAGCAUUCACGGGGACGGACUUGUUGGCUCCGAGUCGCCACAAAUGUAGCAACUUGCGCAUGACUCCCAGGGACACUAGGUGCAUGUGGUCGAUUGGGAAGGAGGCGACCAUAUCAAUCGACCAAUGCUCAAAUUGUGAUUUCCCUCUGUGGUUCAAAGCCUGACUUCGCAAUCUAAACGACCUGUCGUCUCGGAGACGACCACCUUACGUUGGGAAGGUCAUGCGGUCUGCUCUCGGGAUUCCAACAUGACAGCUCCUGCAGUGAAUGCAGUGAUCUCGUUGAAAAGCAUGCCUGUCGCAUCCGUAGUAAUCAUUAUGGGCUUUCACUUGGCGUACAUACGAGCGUGCAGGUGAAUCGCAGAUGACAUUAGCUAGGUGGACCUUCACAACGUACUGCGUAUGUGAGACCCGCAGGCCACCAGCUACAAUGUCCUUCAGCUCACUUAUGAAGUCGCUGAGAAAGCCGUCCAGCGGUUCGGGUUUGGCAUAACCGGAGAACACUCCAACGACGACCGGUCGCCCAACCACUGGAUGGUCAAUACGUGCGAGGAUUGACCAAAGACAUUGACCAGGACCUUUAAAUUAUUUCAUUCAGUCCAUAUGCAACUGAACGCGAAUUUCGGGUUUUCAAGUUGGUUGCCGACGGCAGAUCUCAUCGAGCAGACCACGCUCACGGCCCAGAUGGACAGCUCCCGUUAUCUAGCUGUUUGCUAAGACAAUUUCGGGGCGUUUACAGUAGUGUCCAAGGGUCCAUGGGAACCUCCGGAUGGUACGGAUGCAAAUCGUCAAAUAACUACUUCAAUGUGGACAAUGGCAACUGUUUCUUUGUUCUUUGAAGAACGAAAAUGAAACAGCCGACAACAAAGUUGAAGGAGCGUAAAAACAUGGGUGCAAAUUCUCACAAAAAAGGAGGCGUACACAUCAUCCAAUUCUAGUGGAAAUGUUUCUUUCCGAGGGCGGUCAUAUUGACAGCCUGGUUUGCCUACAGAUGUCAAAUUGCUCUGUUAGGAAAAGCAUCAGUUGUCGCCAGCUAGAAGUCUACUACACAAACUAUCAGAGUCCCUUCAGCAAAGUAGAUAGGCUCAAACUAAUUUCCCUGAGCAGAAACUAGAUAGGCUAUCAUUUGCAGAUAGCUAGUUGACUGACGAAAGAAUGACCAGUGAAAUUUGAACGGAAGACCACCAAAUACUCCAUCGAGACAAGGCGUAAAACUCCACGAGUUGUAUAGGGUUGUUUGAAUGAUCUGACACCUCCCACACGGACCCAGGAUGGUGGUGAUGUAUCUGCAUGUCGGCGAAAAUGGCCAGCGCCCUUCACUCUCUCUACCGCCGACCCCCUCCCCGCAACUCGCCGUGACGUCCGCUUCUCUCUCUCCCUCUCUCUCUACGUCGACACCUCCCUCGGCCCUCCUUUUCAGUUGCCCACAGCGCUGCGUUCCCCACUGGUUGUUCAGCAGGCAUGUCAGCGUCACUUCAUUACCCAGACAGAUCAUUCCCUUGCCGUAACCUAUCACGUUUGUGCAAUUGACCACUUUUAUAUGUACCCCCAGUUUCCAUCACUGAUUGUUAUAACCUUAUGCCUACCUAACGUUUCUCCCUUCCUUUCGUGUGGAUGAGUAUUGGGAUGCGUUAGAGACUACUCAGAUCGAUAUUAGCUAGGAUAUAUUUUCAGUGCUUCGGUACUUCAGUGUGUGCUAUCCUUGAUGUCGUCGGCCGCUACAAAGGCCCAACACGAAGCUUUUGAUCUUGAAGUUUAUAAAUACAAUGAACCUUUCUGUUGUCAGAAGCAAAUUUCCGAGUUCACAAGACACAUUGCUGCGAUUAUUUCAUUCUCGAUCAGAAUAAGGUAAUUAUUGACAGUAACCAUGUGGAUUAUUUUUCGGCCCUCUAAUUCAAAUGAGCUCCGCGAUGUAAAAUUACUUAAUUUUCUCAAAGGGAUCCGUAAACAGAAGAACAUUGCGACUUCGAUACACCUCGAAUAGGUUGCAGACUCCCUGUUUUUAAGUGCCCUAACGAAAUCCUUCGAUUAAAAACUACUAAAGUUACGGCGGAACAAAACUUCAUCGGACAAAACUUACAUAGCGAGGUUGAGCGAGAACCAACGAUCCAGCUACUUGUAUCUUGUAUACGGUAAAGAAGGAGCGAUAAGUCGAGGCUGGCGUUUCAUUUAGACGACCCUUUCGCAUUCAUUUGCGUGUGUUCUCUCCUUUUUUCUAGGAAUGUAAAUUACGGAAGAAGUAUCUGGAAAUACUGUCUAGACGUACUGAGACAUGCUGCUUCGGAUGAAUAUGUGUUAUCGGCUACAAUCGUUAUAAAACCUCUUACUAGUCGAUCUGGAGAUUAUAUAGCAUCUAAUUAAAUUUCAUUGUUAUGUGAAAAUAUUAAGAUCUUUCCCUCUAUCCCUCGUAUCCUUCGUGGGUUGAUGCAAUAGAAAAAAGACGUGUAAAGAUUAAAAGAAGACCGAAAAAAGUAGCCGAAACAUCAAAAUGCGGAGCCAUUUGUCGAAUAAAAGGGGCGGCGUAAUGAAUGUCGCAAGUAAUUGUGAAUUGUUAAAAUUCCUCCGUGCAGCGGCUAUUGGCAGAAGACACUGUGUGCCCCAAGAAGUCCUACAUACGAAUCUGCAGUAAUUCGAAGAACAAUGACGAAAAUGCGUGCCCCAUAGAUAACAUCCGGACAUAUUAUCUCAAAGGUCGCAAAAAAGCAAAACGUCUCUACCAGUUAUUUUAAUCGGCGUACAAUGAAACCCCCGAAGAUAACCUAGAGUUCUGAAUGGCACAGGGCUCUGCCGUCAUUAAACUAUUGCCUUUUCUGUCGAAGCUGUAAGGCGGGUUCUCAAUGAAAUUAAACCAGACGUGUUUUCUAGACCAUAUGGAAUACCUAGGGUGAUAGUGAAGGAAUUGUCUUUAUGGUUGGCGAGAACUGUUAAUCUCUCUUUCAAUUGCCAAUGAAAACAGGAAGCUUGUUUUCGAAGUGGAAAGCAGUUAACAUAGUCCGCCUGUGUAGAAGAGUUAUUGGGAUGGUUGGAAAUGGCCUUAGACCGAGGAGUUCCACUUGCCUUACUUGCAAGUAUCUAUGUCGGGAGUACGGUAUAAUACCUUUGCCAUAUGGAAUUCAUACUACUCGUAGUACUUCUGGUUUGUAGAAGGGGCAUUACGUGGUUAUUCCACAGUAGUUGACUGUCUUCGACUCGAAUGUUUAUUGAAAUUUCGGUUCUGACCCUAAAAAGUCAUGUCCCGGAGAUUUAACUCCAAGUCCUGCACUGAGCAAUUUCUGAAAUUAUUCACUUAGAGGUAUGUCUGAACACUACUGGGCUUAAAAUUGAUAAAACAGAUCACACAAGCAGAGGUGGUGGUGACUUUCCCCAGUAUCUCUGCAAGAAGAGGUCAAGUAAACACCGGUUGAUUUAGAAAAUCUUGCAUUUUUUCAACCAAUGUCACAAUUUCACGAGCAAAUGGAGGGACCUUGAUUUUGAUAGUUCCAGGAAACAAAAUAUCCAGGAGCCUAAAGAGUAAAAUAGUUCUCUGAAAAUAUCGAACAAGUGGGAGAUAAGACUAGCCUUGUCUCAAGACGUCCAUUAAUCAUGCCAGAAGUUUCAGCGCGCAACGAGAACGCUCGCUGGAUUUCGGAAUUAUAGAAGCUUCGAAGAAUGAAGGCUAUAAUACAUAUAACAUAGAGAUGGAAGAUGACGUUUGGCCACUUUUGCCAAGGUUUCAAGACUGUUCCUUCUAAAUUUAUUAAUAAAAUACUUCCAGCAAAUCAUUUAAACAUCUACAAAGAAUUAGAUUAAGGAAUGUUAAGGAAGUAAGAAAUCGUUUUCAAGGCGUGAAGGCAACAAUGUUUGCACGCCAGUGCUAUAAGGCUUCGCCUUUACGCGGACCUUACCACUUAAAAAGUAUUGUCUUUCCUUUUUCUUUUUAAUCCAGGUUUAGUGCUUAAUUGAUUUGCAUUAGAAGAACUUGAGGACAUACCGCUCGACCACACAAAGACAGCUGGCGAUAACCGUGUAUACUUCUCACUAUUGAAUUUUCUGACUGAAGGGCAGUAGUGUUUAUUAAGUGUCCUCCAGCUUGACCUCAAAACUACUAUGUAAGGUCAACACGUUAUAGUUGACUUCUAGGUUUGUCGACACAGACUCCAGCAGGAACCCUGCGUGUCAUCAGCUGCCGCGCUUGCGCUCACAAUGCGUAGAAACGUUGUUGAGGAAACCGAUUUCUUCCAAAAUUCAGUUCGCUUGAAUGAACUUGCCCUGCAAGCUUUGCAGAUCUUGGUCCUGAAAAGUCACUCUGAAAGUGGUACGACAAAUAUUUACUGUCUUACAUUUAUUAGCAUCAGAAAAUUCAAGACACCGCCAGGUCUACCGUCGUCCAUUUAUGUAAGAUUUAUUUAAGUAUAAUGUUGUGCUACUUGGCAUAUUUUGCCUUUCAAAGGUUCCAGUUGACAUUUUUGCCUCGAGAUAUUGUUCCUUCGUGUUUUGCGAAGCAGGAGAUUCUGCCGCUCGAUGGUCUUUGUCAUAGGAACUUGAUAUGGUUGUCGAUAAAUUAUAUGAUGAACCUCUGCCGUCUCUUGUACAGGUCAUUAUAUUUAAAUAUGUGUUCUGGAGCAAAUUAUAACCUGAUUUGUUGAACCGGCAUCUCCAGUCUAUAUGCCCUUUCCAAGAGGACCGCAUACGUACAUAAAAACUUCAAAUUUCAUUUUCAGCAAAGUGGGUAAACUGCGCUGUUCAGCACAAACGCAAGAAAGGACGCCAGAGCACAUAUGUCUUGGAUUUCGAACACGUACGUCCUGUGUGGUAUUUUUGUGAUGUCUUAUGUAAGGUUACCCAAGUGAGGCUUAAUUCGGUAUGCAAGAUCUACACACAAAAUGCUAGGGUGCGGAAACUUUCUUGAUAUAUGUAACGUAGCUUUUGAUCAGUUUUUGAAGGAAUCGUGAUGCCUAAUACGUGAUCUAACUUAUAACACCUCAAGCGCCUUCACGUUUUUAUUCGGAUCCAUAUUUAUUUCUCAGGCUGCCUAUUUCCUUAAGCCGACGUGGCAGUUGCUGGAUAUUGAGCAAUCCAUGGGCUAUGCAACCAUUGAUAUUGCCUGACUAGCGAGAUUCACAAUUAGUGUACUUGUCUCCUCCACACUAAAAGUCCGCUUAGAAAGAUAAAUCAAUAACAAAUAUUAGAGUAGAAGGCAAAAGGGCCUACACAACUUAUUUAGAGUACAUUUUAAUAGGAACAUCAUGCCAGUGCGAACACUUAUAUAUUAGGUCAUUUGGGUAGUCAGAUCUCAUAGACGAAGCAGCAAGCAGAUUUCAUGUUAUAAUUGAGCUGGUAUUUGAUAUGCACGUCGGCGGCAAAACUUAACCCAGCUAUAAGGUGUACCACCAUAUGAUGCCGCAAUAUAAAAAACGAGCAGGCUUUGGUAAUACAAAGUAGGAUAUAUCAGAAAUUUGUCUCAUAAAUGUUAUUAUCUAAUCUUGAGAGACGGGAAUGGGUCCUUGUGGGUUAUGUACGGUCAUCAUCCAGUUCUAUCCCAAUUCUGGCUCCUGUGAACCCAGACUUUUUCCCACUGAGUGUUCGGGUAAAACGCUCGUCCAGAUAAGCCGCAGGUUCGUGUCCUGUCAGCCAUCGUUGAGAAUAUUCGGUCACAACUAAGUUAUAAACAGCCAUUCUGGUUCCCCUCGUUACUGUCCGUAACACUUCUCCGUUACCUAUUACUCUUCAUUGUACAACCGCCUAAGGGCGCUUGCGAUUAAUACCCCAAUGGAAAUCGGGGUCCCUAUCGCUCGUUCUGGAAUCAGAAUACGCCGACAAAAGCUACCUCCAUGUGCCAGAAAGUGGUUUCUUGUUUUCGAACAUUUAAAUAGUAGAUUCCGCAGGCGAAGUAGGUUGACUUAAAAAGACAUGAUAAGGAACAAAUGUAAGUAGCUAUAACCCACAUUUCAGCACGCAUAAGACCGUUAAUGUAUUGAAUAAUCUAUCCGUUCUGAAGUCCUUAUUUGACGCAACGUUUGUUAAUCUCAUCUGAAGACACAUAUUGAACACUUUCAGAGGAACUUGGAGGUCUGGAAGAUGAACAGGGAAUACUAAAGUUGUUGAAUAGUUCCUCAUAGGCUCACCUACCCUUGGAGUAUUCAGCUAUCCAGUGUGGCUGUGAUUAUGAGAUUUCUCUAGGACCGUGAAUUAUCAAUUUAAAUGGCAUUCUAUCUUUCCGUUUACAAUGGCCGCUUAGAAAGUGUACGGCAUAAUUUACUUGUAUUGUAAAAUGUUAUGAAUCCUACAUGGCCUUUUAUUAGUGACACACAGAAAUGUACGCCUUUCCUUACACGGAAAGUAUGCAGUGUGUCGUUUAGAGACCCUAAGAGCAAGUGCAACUUCAGGUCGGGCUCAAAAUUAGGUUGGGAUUGAAAAGGUUUUCCGCCCCAAAGAUAACUCCUCUUGGAGUAUAAAAUUUGAAGAAAAAGUAAUUCGUCACCAAAUAAGUGCAAGAAAGAAUAUUUUUAUUUGCGUUUUCUAUAAAAUGCAUGGCAAGAAUUACCUAUAUGGCUCUCCAAAUAGAACUUGAAAACAACGACUGCCUGCAGGACAUGUGGCUUUUAGCCAACUUCCAGCGAAUGUAUGGUUAGGUUUAGGGUUAGGGUUGGGUUAAGGAUUAGGUUUGAGGUUAGGCUUAAAGUUAGGACGAGUGGAGGUAAAGCUUGGGGUUAAGGACAGGGUAAGUGCCAAAUACAAAGCUAAGGUUUAGAGUAGGGUCAGGGUUAAAAUUAGGGCCACAUUGUAGGUUUAGGCUUAAGUUAGUGUUGGGGUUAAAACACGGGAAUUAUGCGCAAGACCGCCUUUAUUACGUGGGCGGAGCGCUCCUUUUCUCAUGUCCUGUUUAGGGGGAUCAUAUAAGUACUCCUUACUGAGUGUAUCUGAAUUAAUAAGGAGAUUAAGAAUAUAUAUGACAAACUUUUACUAAUUUAGUAUUCAUUUUUACUUAGUGUAGUUUUUGCAAGCGACCGGAACGAAGCCCAGUCAAAAGCCGGUAUUCUUGCGUGUCCGAAAUAUCUUGGGAUUGCCCUACACAGAUAAUCCAUCUUACAACCCCACUUAGGUAGUCCUUUCUAAUCGAAAACGCACUUCAGAAUUUCGGCUAGCAUUUCAGGACACAGUUUAGUUACUGUUAAUGUGCACGACGGCGUGUUUUAUAUCAUAUCACCCUGCACGGUCAGCAAAUGGUCGGAAUAUGCAGACGCUGGACGAUCAACUUAAACAACAGACAAACUGGCUCCCAAGCAGCCCUCUUAAAAACGCUUAUUCAGUUCACCCAGGAGCGGAGCCAGCACGUGUACCUCCCUGGCCUUUUCGGCCGAAAAAAAAUUUGAAAUACAAAGAGUGUAUUGAAGUCGAGAAAUGACAUGGUUAUGUGCUGAAAUGUAACCUCAUAGAUUAUGUUCUGAAAAACGGAACCAUGGCCCCGUCAGUCAGCAUUCAGUCCGGCCAAUGAAGCUUUUGUAUGUUAUCAGGGCUAACUUUUUAUAUAAGCUCAAGUUCGGAUUCGAAAAAAACUACUGUUUCUAUGGGUGCACUCUUGGAAACCCUAUUUCAAAAUAUAUACUCAGCUGUAUACGAUAGUUUUCACAGUUUAGCAAAAUCAUUCCUGAGCCUAAAGUUCCUCAACUCCGGUUGCCCUUUCAUCCCAAAUGACAGUUUCAUGUUUUUGUGGGAUAGCUGGGGAAAACUUCUGAAAUGUUCCAUACAGGCCAAUGUGGUUGAAAUAUGAAAGGGUCAUUUUAAGUUGUCUGCUUCUGCUCGGAUACGCCAGCAUCCUAGGACUUAUAAUUAUAUGCGGACCAACAUUCUCUCUUAUUUCCCAAAGCUGAUGCAAAGGCAUUAGCCCAAACGACUCAAAUUUUGGCAGACAAGCAGUUUUCCUCCCUUGGGUCUUAAUAGGACAUUUCCUUUAAUCAGUUUUUUUCUAUUAGAGAAAGGGACGCCGUCUGGCCUUUAACUGCAUUACGCCCAAAAAUACAAGACCUGUAUUAACAGGAAUAUAACGUUAACAAUCUAUUGCAGCAACCGAUUACGGUGUUCCUGUACUGGUGACAGUUCGACUGUCGAUGUACACCGUGUAUUCCAAAGCAGAAUGAGAGCAGGAACGGUGACUUGCGCGUGAACUAGUUUAUAGUGCAUUUACCGCGCUCUUUCCUGUCCCACCCAGACCCGUUGUCAAGACAGAGUCAAGAAAACCAGGAACGAAAGAGGACACAGGUAGCUGGUACUGCGUAAACCCGCACCUGGACGUGCCACCACACCCCCUGAUCCACAACGUGCACUGCCCAGGAUUUUAUACCAAAACAAAAAAUAGGGGCGACAAGGAUCCCAUAUGACGCAACGCGAACCAGCAACUGGGCCAGUCAUUACACCCCAAUGUUGGCAUUUGUUAUGGGUGCGCAUUCCAGAUAACUCCUGUUGAACCCCAAUCUAGCUCCCGUGUUGAUUCAGCGCAUUCGUCACGCGGCCCGUUUAUCGGGCACCCCUGUACGUGUAUUGUGGCUUGCACCAACGUUCCUUGCUCAUCAAAAAUGGCGGUCGAAAAAAGGGUCAGGUCAUGCUUGAGUUGAAAAUGUCAGUCGUCGAGGCGCUUUCCGAAGCCAAGUUAAACGGCUCAAACGGUAUCAGUCCAUCAACGUUCUCAUUCAUUUGUCUCUAAUAAUGCCAACUAUUUCGCUAUGCAUUUCAGUACAGAGUUGCAUAGGGAGACUACAGAUAAGUGGAUAAACUGGUUGAUUUAAAGAAGUCCCAAAUCCACUGCUGACGGUAAAGACCAUAUCCUGUCUUGUUAGGGGGGUCCAGCUGUUGGUUAGAGGUUCCUUGUUGUCUAAACUUCCUCUGGAGUAUUUUUAACCAACAAUUCAAAGCCGAUCCUUCAGGUGAAUUGACUAUUAUUUCUUAGUAGUUAACUGUGAGAUAACCAAAAAUUACAUUUUAAAUGCGUGAACAGCGUUUACUUUAGUAACCAUGCUUUCAUUGGCAGGAAAUGAAGAAAAUAACGGGGACUUCAGGGAGUACUGUCAUCUUCUUUCCCUUCUUUUGUCAAAGCCACAUCGGGCUGGUGCUAGACAGUAUUUGCGAAGAUGAGAAGGACUUUCGAGCUCAUCGCUUUGUUACCGAUGACAUUUCUCUUGUAAUGUGUCCAUCUAUUCGCACUUACAUGAACAUUGAAAUACAUCACGGCGGACUGCGUAAAGUGCAGUGCAUACAACUUCGUUUUCUUACCGCUAAAAGGUUUGACGUAGUGUUCGGGAUUUAAGCUUAACCUCUAUGGACCCAUUGUUCUGUUCGUUACACUGGUCAACUUGACUGCCGCUGAAAAUUUAACACUUGAAAAAUAAGAAGGGCACAUCAGAACAGGUUCAUUGGAACAUUGAUGUUUAGGAGAGCUUGAUCGGCUUAACAGAACAAAAGUGGAAGUGAUGUGCCGCGCUAGACGGCCACCUGCUGUUCGAUUCUUUUCUUUCGCUGCCUCGGCUUUUUGGAGGAUGUUUGGGAGGUUUUUUGGGUGCGUGCGUUAAGAUACUACCUUGAAAGGGGGUGGUUGUACCUCUGCAAGCGUUGUUCGAUCUGGUGGCUCGUUUCCUCCCCCACCAAAUAAAUUUGUUGACAGACUGUGCCUGCGCAGGUUCCUGAAGUUCGGUUUGGGCAUCUUGUUCUGGGCUCUGUGUACGUAGUAACGUAGGGCUUUAAAAUCUCUACGAAGGUUGGCAUGCAUGUUUAUGGAGUUGGCACCUGAAUACCUCGCCUCGAGUGUCAACCCCUUGGUCUUUCAGUUAGCUCCAGUCGCUCCCCACGGAUCGAAAGUAUGGCCAGUCUCUCCGAUGUGUGUUGCAAGUUGAGAGUUUUGGUCUAGCCCCCGAGUUGCCGAUUUGUGCUCUUGUAUGCGAGUCCACAACUUCCGCCUGACUUCUUUAACAUAAUUGCAGUCCCCAGCAUUACAACAUAGUUUUCGGACUGUUGCUAAGGUUUCGGUGAAUGGCAGCGUGCCCUUAGGUUGCAUAACACAGCGACGAGUUGAUGACUGAGGUCGAUGCUCAAUGCCUAAUCUGGGGGGGGGUCUUAACAGUUGGCCAACCACUUUGGAGACUCCUUUGAUCUAGGGAGUGGCCCUCCAGACUUCGACUUGCUGCUCCUUUGCCCGACAUCUGUUCGUUCGGCGCCUAUUUUUCUCGAUAAAAGGACUGGCGUAUUCAUUGCCUCUGAAAAGGGUUCCGGAGGUAUAGCCGUUCAGCUCUUUUGUCCUCUGACGUGCUGCAGUGCCUCAAUUCUUCGGAGUAGAGUGCGGGCACAAAUACAUUGGUGAGACAGAGAAUGACUGCUGUUGAAGUGUAACGUUUGCCAAUGGCUUUUCCGCGCACUGUGGUUCGCAGUUAUCCAACUGCACACCGGCACGUCGAGAAAGGGCAGUUGGUUGUUUGUUUUGACAUCCAUCGUGAAUUGGAUAUGCGGGUCAAGUGAGUUCGGCAAUCAUUUAAGGUGUUCAAUUCCAGUUGUUUUGGCAACGACGGAGCCGUCGACAUAAUAAGCCCAAAAAUUUGGUUGAUUUUUGGGGAACGAAAAGUGUUCUACCCGUUGAAGGACUGCUUCAGCAAUCAGGCCCGAUAGGGGGAGUCUAUAGGAGUGCAUUAAAUUUGUUCAUACACAUGCCCAUCAAAAAUUUGAAGGUAUUAAGAAAGUGUCGGACUUCAGGGGCUUGUCCUUUCCCCUAGCGUUCAAGCGGUAGUAGAUUCACAACGCAAGAGUAGGAUGAUCAAGGUACAAUUUUCCUUUGAUAGUUACAGUGUGAUUCUGGGUUUUCGCACAUAGUUUCGCUCACCGCAAAAAAACCAAUGACCAAUCCAAGCAGGUAGCAGCAUUCGACUGGCUAGUGCACUCCGCAGGAAGAGGGGAAAGUUCACAUUUCAUUUCCGUGAUUGCUGUUCAGAGCUUUUAGUGGGUAAACGAGCCCCGAAGCAAAUCUCUCCAACCCCAAAAACACGAAUUUCCAAAAAAGACAAACACCGACUGCUGAUCUAUAAAAACAGGUGUGUUAACUGGAAGUGUGAAUCUUCCGUUUAUUUGUUGUCUUUAAGCCUACCUUUGGAUUCUUUGGAAUCUGAAGUACGCACUCCCAACACAUCUCCCUAAAGCAUGAAUCAGAAUUUGGCCAUCAUGAGCUCGAGUUAUGAAUUUCUGUUACAGUUGGGCAUACACUUACAUUAACUAUGGCAGAGGUCCUAGCAGGGCUUUAAAUUAACAGAUUUUGUUAGCCUUGUGCUUUUAGAGAGUCGAUGCAUUCAAUAAUUUUUGACACAACUGUUCUAAUUUAGGGCCUGUGAUGUUUGGGACGGAAUUAAUCAGACAGUAUUCUUUCUGCGUCGGUCCUCAUAAAUAAACAUCAGGCAAUAUGCUUUCACACACAAUAAUUGAUUUAAAGUGAAGAAAAGUGGAGUAUAACAUGGGUAACUGAGACAACUGCGGUGCCAGAAAGCAAUGCUUAGGCAUUUGCUGUAUUGUCGUCAUGAAAAAAUUAAUGUUCUAAAUAAGUUGACUCAAUUUGUUCUAGUGAUGGAAGGGUGCUUUGUUAAGGGCUUCACAAUACAACAGGUUGCCUCACGCUUAAUCCCAGUGGGUUUUCUUGCUCUCGUAUCCUAUCUUUAACUUCAACACUAACCCCUAUGCUCCUAACCUCAACCCCAACAUUAACCCCAAUUGUAACUCCCUCUGGGGUUUAGGGAAAAGCCACCUAUAAAACUGGGAGCCCGUAUUCCCACGCCCAGUUGAUAAAGGGAAUAGGAAAGAACGGUUUCGAUUCGCCCAAAUGUUUAAUAAUUUUCGUACUGGGACACAUUUAAUUUUUGCAGGACAGUUAGACAAUGAACACGGCCCGACGUAAUCGUUCACAAUUUCUACUCUGACUGAGGGGAUGGUGUUAAACGGUAGGUCGAUAUUUGGCCUGAUCGUGAAAACGGAAUUCUGUGGGACACGCCUGAAGUUCUUUCUUACUUUUUUUAUCUACACUGAUGCACAAAUGCCGAUUUUCUGACUUUGAGUAUAGUCCAUUUCUCGGCAGCUUAUGUCUUGCCAAUAAAGCAUAAGUUCGGUUACCAUAAAACAAUUGAGUUGAUAUUUCUUUAAGCUUGCAAACGUUCGAUUUGUCCAGAUUUGUCAAGGCGAAUGAUACUUCAUUUGCCUGAACACUUGACUACACGUCUUCAAGAGUCAAAAACCAAGCACCGAACAGUGCUCAGUAAUUACCUGUUAAAUAUGUCAUAACUGCCAAAAGUGCAAAAUAACAGCAAAAGCAGCAAAUGACAGGCCUUGCAACAGCUUUUGAGUGCAGGGAACUUCUUGGAUGCAGUAGAUGAAACUGUUGGUUGGAUAAAUGAAUCGUAAUGUAGGUCUCCAAACCUAGGGCUGCGUAUGACUUAGCUAGGGACGGCUACUAAGCAAGAAAUGGUCACCUCAGUCCGCCUUUCCUUUGACUGAACUCCGGCCCUUUUAUAUAUAAUUGUCGCAAUGUGACUGCCCGCGACAGCUUUAGGUUUAGCCUCCAGGGUCAGUGAGACGAGCGCGUCCCGUAACCUGAUAGAUGAAUGCACUUACACCAUAAUUAGUAUUUUUAAAAUAUUGAGACUGUGGAUAGGUAAGCUACUCAAUUUUGAAACAGUCUGUUCGUUUUAAUAUUUUUGGUGAGUUUGUGUCGAGGUGCCGGCCACAGGCCGUUUACAUUCACUUCGCAUUCUCACUCCGACAAAGUGAAUCCUCGGGAGAUCCGUCAUCUGGACUACAUUUCCCAGUUCAUCUCAGAUAUCUGUCACAUCGACGGUUCGCAGAAUGAGAUGGCUGACGCUCUGCCCAGGCUCUCAAUCGCCCAACUUCAAUUUUUUCCCCGAAUCGACCUCACUGAGACGGUUGCCGAACAACUCCGUACUGAGUUUCCCAAUGGCAUGGAUGUUUCCGGACUCCAACUCGAGGACAUCCCACUGAGUGCUGGCGACGACAUUCUGUGCAAUGUCUCCACCGACUCCCACUGCCCUUUCGUGUUGUCGUCUCUUCGCCGCAAGGUCGUCUCCUCCCUCCACAACCUCUCGCGCCUAGGAUUGGAGCAAACGACAAACUGGUCGAUUUGUGCUUCGUCUGGCCCGGGAUGCAUAAAGACCUGA